CCGCGCUCCGCAAGCCCGGGGCCUCUCCGCCCGGGUUACCGCGUCGGCUGUACGGUCGCCCAGGCCCGGGAGGGACGCGGCUGGCGCCGCUGCGGCCGCGGGGGGCGGGGAGGCGGCCGUGAGGAGGCGGAGCUGCGAGGCCGCCCGUCGCCGGGCCGCCGCCGCGGUGCCCGCUCCUCCCCGCGCCGCGCCGCGCCGUGCCCCGCCCGGCCGCCUCGCCUCCUCCGCGGCGGGCCCCCCUCGCAGCUGCGCGGCCGCGGACACCGAGGCAGGCGCGAGCCAUGGAGGGCAACCGCGACGAGGCGGAGAAAUGCGUGCAGAUCGCUCGCGAGGCCCUGAGCGCCGGCAACCGCGACAAGGCCCAGCGCUUCCUGCAGAAGGCCGAGAAGCUGUACCCGCUGCCGGCCGCGCGCGCGUUAUUGGAAAUAAUUAUGAAAAACGGAAGCACCGCUGGAAAUAGCACGCAUUGCCGAAAACCUCCAGGGAGCAAUGACCAGAGCAAGCCCAGCUGCGGGAAGGAGGGCACUUCCGGUGCUGGUGAAGGCGGGAAAGUCUAUACCAAAGACCAAGUAGAGGGCGUGCUCAGCAUAAACAAAUGUAAAAAUUACUACGAAGUCCUCGGAGUUACAAAAGAUGCUGGUGAUGAAGAUUUGAAGAAAGCUUAUAGGAAACUUGCCUUGAAGUUUCAUCCAGACAAAAACCACGCCCCUGGAGCCACGGAUGCUUUCAAAAAGAUUGGAAAUGCUUAUGCCGUUUUAAGCAAUCCAGAAAAACGAAAACAGUACGACCUCACAGGCAGUGAAGAUCAAGCUUGUAAUCCCCAGAACAACGGCAGGUUCAAUUUCCACCGAGGCUGUGAAGCCGACAUAACUCCGGAAGACCUGUUCAAUAUCUUCUUUGGCGGUGGAUUUCCUUCAGGUAGCGUACAUUCGUUUUCAAAUGGCCGGGCUGCUUACAGCCACCAACAUCAGCACCGACACAGUGGGCAUGAAAGAGAAGAAGAAAGAGGAGAUGGAGGCUUUUCUGUGUUUAUCCAGCUCAUGCCCAUCAUUGUGCUGAUCCUCGUGUCCUUGUUAAGCCAGCUGAUGGUCUCGAACCCUCCGUAUUCCCUGUACCCCAGAUCUGGAUCAGGACAAACUAUUAAAAUGCAGACAGAAAACUUGGGUGUUGUUUAUUACGUCAGUAAGGACUUUAAAAGCGAAUAUAAAGGAGCACUAUUACAAAAAGUAGAAAAGAGCGUGGAAGAGGAUUAUGUGACUAAUAUUCGAAAUAACUGCUGGAAAGAAAGACAGCAGAAAACAGAUAUGCAGUAUGCAGCAAAAGUGUACCGUGACGAACGUCUGCGGCGGAAGGCGGAUGCCCUGAGCAUGGACAACUGCAAGGAGUUGGAGCGGCUGACCAGCCUCUACAAGGGGGGAUAAGUGGGCCUGCCGGCUCCUUUCGGCGUCCUCUGUCCUUUCUGUAAAUUUCAUGUCGCCAUGAAGCUGAAGAAGAUUUGAUUAAAGACUAAGCUGAGUAGUUGAUUCCUGAAAUCUUGGACUGUUAAUGAUCUACUGGCUCAUUCCAAUAGUAAGAACUGAAAACUAAGUAUUUUAGUAUGCUUCUGCAAUUACUUUAACUUUAAAAUCUUAUAUGAUUCCUUACAAAGUCUGGAGAGGAUUAUCACACCUGUAGCAAUUGCCCGUUUUAUGAUUCUCCAUUAUUCCUUUGCCAUGUAAAUAUUUUUAGGAUGAUUUUUGUAUACAUAUGAGCGCUUGCCUUUUAUUUAAAUUAUUUUAGUGAUCAGCUCCAUGAGACGCUUUGUUCAGGCUGGCGGAAUGGACACAGUAACAUUUCCCAUUAGGUGUUUGUGUGUGUGGAGUUUAAACAAUGAAAAUUUUUCAACAAGAAAAACAAAACUUGAUGUAAAAUCUUAUAUCAGUGUAGAAGGAAUUGACAUUUUUAAUAUUGUUCUUAUAUUCCAGAACAUGUACUGACAUAAAUGAACUGGUGUUUACUCUCAGUAUGCUUUUUAGUUUUAUGAAUUGCUAAGCCAUACAUAGGAAUGAAAUGCUAUAAGAUAGAUUUUAAAGAAAAUAUGAUAACUAUUAUGCUAAGUGAGUUUUCAAUGGUAAGUUGCAGUUAUGCCAGUCAAAAUUCCAGUGAUUAAAAGUCAGCCCCAAAUGUUCAUUUAUGUGUCUUUCAAGGAUACUGAAGCUUAUGAAACAAAAGAUGAACUUUCUUCCUGUGGAAAUUCAGUUUGAUGGAGAUAACUGAAGCAGGACCCCAAAGCAAAUGGAUUCUUCUACAAAUAAGUAAUAAGAACAAAAUGACCACUAACACCCAGCUUUGUGCCUUUCGACUGCGGCUGGCUUACCUGACCGCAUGGUGUGUUGGGCCACAGUUGCACUGUGCAGAGAUAGAGCAGCAGCUAGCACAGUGAUCAACAGCAGGCAACUAGCGCAGUGAUUGACAGCAGGCAGCUACAGCAGUGAUUGACAGCAGGCAGCUAGCAGUGACUGACAGCAGGCAGCUAGCACAGUGACCGACAGCAGGCAGGUAGAGCAGUGACUGACAGCAGGCAGCUAGCAGUGAUUGACAGCAGGCAGCUAGCAGUGACUGACAGCAGGCAGCUAGCACAGUGACUGACAGCAGGCAGCUAGCAGUGACUGACAGCAGGCAGCUAGCACAGUGAUUGACAGCAGGCAGCUAGCACGGUGAUUGACAGCAGACCAUCAGAGCUUGCUGAGCUCAACCAGGCCGCUCAUCAGGUCUUUAGAAUAAGCUCCUUGUAAUGAAAUCUGUGAUGUAAAGUGGGAAAAUACAGCUGGUACUUAAAGCUUUGCUGCUUAUUGAGUUUGCCGUGACUUCUGGUCUUGUAUGUUCAAUGGUGGUCUUGGCUUAAGUGUUUUGCUUCAUACAGUUAAAGAAUUACAAACAUGUUUUAGGUAUUUUUUCAUAUCUCCUGCCCCAAUCCCUUGCUUCAGAACAAAGAUGUUAGGCAGACUGGCUUUUGCUUAAGGGUUUCUCCCUAAAUAUUGAUUUCUGUCAUCUGUUGAACUCAAGCGGUUUCCUGUGUUCUGCUGUCAGAGUCUUCAGUAGAAAAACCUGAUUAUAAUAGUGGGUUGAGUUACACACAUUGUCCUCGGAGUCUGGAGAACCCACCCACCCUUCUAGAAAUAUGGCCUUUAGAACUAGGAGCGCUACAAAGAACAUAAAAUUCAUUUUAUGUUUUCGGAUAAUACAUCAUGCAUAAGCCAUUAAAAUGUUAUAUAUAUAUAUAUAUUCAUCUUUAGUAAAAACUUUCCCUAACAAUUUACAUAGGCUUGUUACUCUCUAGAGUAGGACCUUGAGAGGAAAAACUUCAAAGGCCCGCGUUCCACAGCUGCAUUGUCAGUUUGGCUGCCUCUUGUGCGGGUGUGCUGUGUGCUGUGGCUCUCGCAAAGGCAGAGAGCCCGGUGUAGGAAUUACCGCUCUUUGCUUAGAAUAAACUACAGCUGAGUUUUACACUAGCAUCCCACUCACAGGUCCAGGUCCAGGGCAUCUCCCAGCCUCGUUCUCAGAGCCUUCUGAUCUGUUGUGCAUCCUUCAGCAAACUUCCUGUCGGAACCCUUAGCCUGAAUUAGUGCUGUUUAGUCCGUGUGAAUGGUUCUCCCGAGGCUGCGUGCCCCUGAACACAGCUCUUUGACUCUCUCAUUAGAAUCUCCUUCCUCAGCUGUCAUUUCACUCUCCACUCUGCAGAUUUCUUAAUUCCAUUGAACCACUAUUAUUCUCUUAAUUUGUUUGCAUCUUCAUCACCUGCUGAUCAUGUUCAUGAUGAUCAUGACUCUUGGAGCUUCUCCUAGUAUCCUCUGGUCCUCCAGGAGACUGACAUGUUGCUUCUAUGGUGGUUUUAGAGUAUGCUCAUGGUAUCUCUGUUGUUGUUGUUGUUGUUGUUGUUGUUGUUGUUGCUUUAAAUGUUGAGUCAGGGUCUCACUAUGUAGCUCUGGCUGGCUCAAACUCUCAAUGGUGACCUAGCUGGCCUAGAUCUCACAGAGAUUGGCCUGCUCUCCACCCACUCCCACACCCACUCAGGCUGGGUUUAAUGGUAUGUGUUCCCACACCUGGUAAUAAUAUUUUCAUUCAUAGGAACACAUAAUUUCCUAUUUGCCAUUCAGAUCAUGGAUCUCAUGUUUAACAUAUCCAUUGAAAUAUCCACUUCAAAUUCUCUGUUUUUAGAGCUCUAAAUUCUUAAGUUUCUUAUUCACCUAAGUCCUUUGCUCUUCUUCGAGCCUCUUAAGUCUUUCCGGUCUCGGCUUAUCUAGUGCAGGUGUGUAAAGAACGACGCUUUGUGUGCACUGCUUCACCUCAGCAUCUCUCUGGCGUUUCCCUUCUGUCCCAGCCAGAUGUGCCGGGAUCCACUCACUGGCUUAGCUUCUCCUCUUGCCCUUUGCACAUUGCCUUUAACGCAGACCAUUCAACCUCAUGUUCUUGUGACACACUUGCACCACCAUUCCUGCGAUUCUUAGAACUGUUCGAAAUGGUUUUGUUUUAUUUAUUCUUAUGUUCGUAGUGUGUGUGUGUGUGUGUGUGUGCGUGCGCGCGCGCGCGCCAAGAAGCACAUGUAGAGAGGCCAGAGAGCACCUUGCAGGGAUUACUUCUCUUUUUACACCUUGUUCAAUCCUGUGGCUUGAACUCAAGUUGUCAGACUCACCCAGGAAGUAUUUUACCACUGCGCCAUCUCACCACCCCACACAGACUGUUGUGUAGCUUUUAACUUCAGACAGAUUUCAGCUCUUCACUAUAGAGAUACAGCUCUUUCUCCCUGGUUAACUUUGUGUAACUUUUUCAUUUUCCUCUCUUUUUCAAUGUGUUUUAUUAGCAGACAUUAAUUACAUAGGUCAGCAGGUUUCAUUACAGCUUCUUCAUCACGCAUAUGAAGAUGACAUCACCUUUGUUGUCUUCACCUUUGUGGCGCUUUCCAGGUUCCCUCCUACUUCACUCAUUCCUUUCCUCAUCCCAGCUCGUCCCUCUUCUCUUCUCAUUUUGUUGUUGUUGAUGAUGGUGAUGUUGUUGUUGAUGUUGUUGUUGAUGAUGAUUUGUCAAUGUUGUUGCUGCUGUUGUUGAUGAUGCUGUUGCUGCUGCUGCUGCUGCUGACCCAAAGACUUUGUAUUAUGGUUGUAUGUAGAGGCAUAGGUCAGGGUUAUUUACAGGAACAUAGGCACCGCCGCCUUCAACCCUGAAGAAAAUGUGUCUCUUCUUCCCAUCAACCACUAACUGCCGUAGAUCAUCAGGGAGGGAGGGGGAGGAGCUCAUGAGCCCCUCCCCCUCCAGGACAGGAUGCGGACUGGCCCAAUCUUAUGGAGACCUUGUGCAGAAUCUCGAAGUGUGAUGACUAUGGCAUGGCCAGGAAACAGUGUUCCACAAACACCUCACUCUUCUUACAUUAUUUCCUCCCUCCCCACUGUACCGCAAUGUUCUUAGAUCCUUGAAGUUAGAAGGCUCGCUUAGCCUGAACACUCGAUGGUCACGUCUUCUCAUCACUAUGACCAUUAUAAGCUCCACAGUUACUUCUGCCCACUGAAUAAAGGGAAGUUUCUUUGACAAAAGCUAGCUAUAGCAUUCACCUAUCGGCUCAAAACAUAACAGGCAGUUUGUUGUCUUUUUAUUUUCAAAUGGAAGAAGCUCUGUCUCCACCUCAGUGUGGCCUGCGUCCCCGUGGUUUACAUUUGAUAGUGCUGGCUGUGCGUUGCCCUCACUUCCCACGUUUCCUCUUUUCCCUCAAGUACUUCACUUGUCUGGUUUUAACUUCUAUUUGCCUUUCAUUUGUUGAAUUGAACAAUAUAGACGCUCAUUGAAUUUUUUGUGUCACCGUUGGGCAGGGGCCAUGCUAAUCUCUGUAUUGUUCUGUCAGUACACGUUGCAAACGUGAUCACGUCACAGAAUCUUAAAUGUUUUCUUGAGUCCGUAGAAUAAGUCACUUUAAAAUGUAGCAUUCUAAUUAACUUUGAAGGCUCAUAGCUUUCAGAAAAUCUGUAGAAAUUUUUCCUGUACUUUUCCAGUUUUAGUGGGAUAGAGAGGAUAGGUCAGGUUAUCAGAUUGAGAGGAAUUAAUGCAGCAUGAAGUCAUACGUAGCUUUGUACAGUAUUAUGUUUAAGGUUUGUUGCUGCUCCCCGUCACGUUUAUACCAUUCAUGGGUAAGAGUAAACAGCACUUGGGAGUGGCUGCAAGAGAUGUCGACUGAGUGCAGGAUCUUAAACUCCAUAGAAGGUGUGUCAGUAAACACCCAAGCCUCUCUGCUUCCUGUCUUCUGGAAAGGACCAGUUGGUGUCUUUGAACUUAAUUUUAUGAGUCUUUAGAUGGCUUGAGCUGAAAGAUUUUUGUACUUGCUGAUUACUCUUAUAAUAAAAAUCCCAAUAUCUUCUUGUCUUAAUUUUAGCUACAUGGAAUUUUGGUAUACUUACUAGUAUUUGACAUUUUAUCUCUAUCCAUAAACACAAUACAUAUGAGUACACA